GCAAUAAGAGUCUUCUGGUGCUGCGAUGCGUGUCCUUCGAGGCGCUGAUCGAGAACUGGUUAGUCCACUACUACUCGGAGGACGAGGUGAUGGAGUCGUUCGACAUCGAGGAAGGCGUGGAGCAGGAGUUGUCCACCGCUUCCCUACUCGUCCUUUACGUUAUCUACAAGUUUUCCGUUUGUUUCCCGCAUAUUGUCAUGUAUUUCAACGAUAAUUGGCAUCAAUUGCAAGAGUUUAACACCCGUUUGGAUCAGAUGUUGAAAAUGGAUAAAAUCGUACAACUCUUACGCCAACAGAUCGGUGAUAAUCGCACCACCGAUGCUGUUGGUAGUGGUGGUGAUAAUGAGAAUACAAAUUGUAGUAACAAAACAAAUGUACAAACCGUUGACACCAUUAAUGAUAAUCAAAUCACGACUGAAGUCAUGGAACCAUUGGUGGAGACGUUAGACGAUCGCAUAUCUGAGUCGAACUCUGGUAUGUCGACCACCACUUACCCCACCCUUCACCUCAAGCCAAACACUGUCCACACGUACGCAUCGCUGGCGUCGACCUCCGCGGCCACCGCUGCUGAAGAACUAAUUGUUCCGCAUUUGUUGCACAACAACAGCAACACAGCGUCGGAGCCGUCGUCGCACAGUCCGUCGCCAACGGGACAGACGUUUGUGUGUCUAUACUGUCACCGAGUAUUUGCGUCCAAAUAUAAGCUCAAACGGCACGAGUUUGUCCACAAACCCCUCUCCAAGCCAUUCAAGUGUCCCUGGAGUGAGUGCGACCUCCGGUUCCGCUCGUCGUUUGAUAUGCGCCGCCAUUUGGUGACCCAUACGGGCGAACGGCCCUUCGGGUGCGACCAGUGCGGCAAACGCUUCUCCAGAGCCGACAAACUCAAGGAACACAAACUCAUUCACGUGAAGAGGUGUCAACGGAUGGCCAAACAGUUUAUGCUUCAACACCAGCAACAGUACAACAACAGUGACCAACACUUCCCGAUGGCAGCGCACGAGUCGCCAUCGAUGAUAGGUUUGGAUCACACGAGUGGCGAUGAUUUGAGUGCUCUGGACACGAGUCUACUGUUUGACAAUCAAUUGGUGGCCAAUAUUAAGACUGAACUCAAUGUGCUGUGAGAUAUGCGACUGAAUAGGACACGGGUUUUAAUAUAACAAAUAUAAACUUUUGGAGAUU